AACAAAAAUAUCCUUCAAAACGGGAGCAGCGACAGCGGUGACCGUGACUCCCUUCUACACUUUGAAACCGGAGCUUCCUCCGAAAAGCCCUAUGCUUGGUAGCUCCGAUUUGCUGACUGCCUAUGACCUCGGCGCAGUGUACAGUCGAUAUUGCGGUGCAAAAAAGAUGCGUGAAGAUCUCAACUCAUUUCUACCUCAGAUCUACGGGAAUUUUAAUUUUUCUCAGGCUCAGGACAUAAGCUCAUUGAAAAUGCUCGUGGAAAAGCCACCGAUAACUGGAAAAGAAAUAAAUACGUUAUCUUCAACAGCCAUGAGUGGGUUCCGUCUGACUCCAGGACCUGUGGAUGAAAGGUAUCGAUAUCUUUUCGAGAAGAAACGUGAAGGCGACGGCAUGCCAGUUAUAUAUGACGUAGAAAGGAAGGAUUACAGCGGUGGUCAACGAUAUAAAAACUCGCUAGAUAGUUUAGACGGUGAUGAGCCUGAACGGAAGAAGCACAAAAGCGAAAAGAAAGAGAAGAAGAAAAAGAAAGAUAAAAAGAAAAAGGACAAGUUGAAUCAGAACACUUUUGAUAUCGAAUAUUCAUGUGGGUUAAUAAUUGCAACAGCAGUACUCUUGGAAAGAGCGAUCUACUGUGACUAUACGGCCUCGGCACGUGCGAUUCGUCCGUUUGAAAACUACAUUUUGGAUCAUGUCCUGCCGUUAUACGGUAACACUCAUAGCUCAGUGACAGUCACAUCGGAGCAGACGACUUUGUUUGUACAUGAAGCCAGGCAAGAGAUUCGUGCAAUGACUGGGGCUGGUGAUGGUGACAAUGUGCUCUUCGUUGGUUCGGGUAGUACGGCAGCCGUUGAAUUGCUAAUUCAUCUAAUGCAACCGGAAAAACUGGUAGUGAUUUUGUCGACCCACGAGCACCACUCAAAUACACUGCCAUGGCGUGCGGUUGCAGAGGCUUGUUACUAUGUGCAAGAAUCAGCCGACGGUGGCAUUGACCAUAACGAUCUUAUCCGGGUACUGGAAAAAGUUUCUCAGACACAUCCUCAAUCUCAACUGUUAGCGGCUUUCACUGCAUGCUCGAAUAUAACAGGCAUUUGUAUGGAUGUGCCCAAAAUCAGUGCUACGCUCAAAAAGUAUAAAGCGCUGAGUGUCUGGGAUUACGCGUCAUCCGCACCAUAUGUUGAAAUUAAUGUCAACGGUACCCAUCCUGUUGACGCCGCCUUCUUUUCUGGACAUAAGUUCGUAGGCGGAGUUUCCACACCUGGUGUACUUAUUGUGAAAAAGGCGCUGAUAAAAGCAACGGUACCCAAGCGAGUUGGUGGAGGGACAGUCUUUUUUGUAUCGCCAUCAGGUGAAUGGUAUCUGAAGGACGCGGAGUAUCGAGAGGAAGGCGGCACACCGGACAGUGUCGGGAUCAUUCGUUUAGCUUUGGCAGUGAAAUUGAAGAGAGCUGUAGGAGAAGGUACCAUAGAGGCUUUGGAGAGACAAAAAUCCGAACGAUUUCUGAUGGGCUUAAGGAGCUGUCACAAUGUGGUGCUACUUGGAGCACCACGUGUGGAUCAUAGAUUAGCUGUGUUUUCAUUUUUAGUGAAGGAUCAACAUUCUGGAUUGUUUUUUCAUCAUAACUACAUAUCUGCCUUAUUGAACGACCUCUUUGGAAUUCAAAGUCGUGCUGGAUGUAUGUGUGCUGGACCAUAUGCGCAAUAUUUAAUGGCUAUUGAUGAGGAGUUGGCGCUACAGUAUCUGGCUGCGUUACGGGAAGCCGAUGGACUGGAUCGAACUCAUCUACGCCGAGUCGGCGAAUAUUCGUCGAAUGAAAUGCUUCGUCCAGGGUUCACAAGGGUUUCGAUACCGUACUUUUGGACAGACGACCAGUACCAGUUAAACUGCGAAAGUGCUGAAUGGCAUCAUUACAAGCAAAGAACAUUUCAUGCUCGUAAAUGGCUCGGAUAUAUUUCGUUCAAUAAAGCGCAUCGGCUGGCUAAUGAAAGUCUGGCAGCCAUGGAGAGGGUGCCAGUACCAGAUGGUCGAUCGGCUGUCGACGAUCGAUAUGCCUACCUCCGAUGGUUUGUACUGCCAGUCGAGGCGGUCCAAAUUGUGCCAGAUGGUGACAGUCAAUCGGAGCACGAAGUCUUUCCGAAGGAAUCGGAAUCAGAAAACCAGUGUCAAUCCUGUGAUUUCGCAAAAGACGUCGUUGCUGAAUGCCCCUUGAAUCCAGCAGAUAGUAACAAAGGAUUGUUAGAAGAGUUUGGUACGGACGAAGAACCUGAAGAUGCGAAGGUACUGGAUGAUUGGGAUAAGCGCGUAGUUGUUAGGCAUAGGCAACUGACUGCCGCCGAAGAAGUUCGAAUACCAUGGCAUCAGCCGCCUCUUGAAAUGUACAGGCGUGUUAGUGAGGCAAUUCAUGGGCUGGAUAUGAUCAAGGAAGGCGACAAAAUCCUGGUCUGCCUGUCAGGUGGCAAGGAUUCGCUUUCGUUGCUUCAUAUCCUGCAUUUUUACCAAAUGCGUUGUCGAAAGAACAAAAGCACAAACUUUGAACUGGGCGCGAUCACUGUUGAUCCUGGCUCGACAGCGUACAACCCACGACCACUGAUCGACUACUGUAGAUCUCUGAACAUCGACUAUUUUUACGAGGAGCAAGAUAUUAUCGGAGCUGCUAAGAAGCUCAAUAAUGUUCGUUCGAUUUGUGCAUUCUGCAGUCGUAUGAAACGAGGUCGACUGGCGGCAGCGGCUCAACUUCACGGAUGGAAUGUACUGGCAAUGGGCCAACAUUUGGAUGACGUUGCUGAAAGUUUCUUCAUUGCUGCGUUCCAGAACGGGAAUUUAAGCACCAUGAAGGCACAGUAUUUGUCACGUGAUGGCACUCUACGAGUUAUUCGACCGUUGAUAUUCGUCCGUGAAAGAGCUUUGCGCGAAUUCGCAGAAUCGAAAGGGCUUCCUGUAGUGGCCGAAAACUGUCCGGCAUGUUUCAAUCAGGCGACUGAGCGACAUAGAAUCAAACAGCUUCUCGCUCAGCAGGAACUCAUUUUUCCUGAUCUCUUCAACUCGCUUAGAUCAGCCCUCCGGCCACUUCUUUUGGUCGACUCAGCAAGAACAGACGAGAUGAGGGCGUUGGCAAUCGAGAAUAUAACAAUUCCUUGUGCAGCGUACAACCCACGACCACUGAUCGACUACUGUAGAUCCCUGAACAUCGACUAUUUCUGCGAGGAGGUUGCUUUAGAUAUUAUCGGAGCCGCUAAGAAACUCAAUAAUGUCCGUUCGAUUUGUACGUUCUGCAGUCGUACGAAAGGAGGUCGACUGGCAGCAGCGCCUCAACUUCACGGAUGGAAUGUGCUGGCAAUCGGCCAACAUUUGGACGAAGUCGCUGAAAGGACUUACCAUACGACUGAUGUCGACCGAUAUGCCGCUAUCGACGAACAUCCGUGCAGCGCGGCCGAGGGAUUUAGCGAAAUCACCUGGAAGAGCAAAGAGAAUUACUCUCUGCAGCCGAUCAAACUUUUCGAUCAAGCAAAGCGUAUCCUACUCACUUUCGAGGAGAGUGUAAACCUCAGGCCAGAUGUUACGCAUUUCGUUCUUAGUCGACUGAUCAGUUUUGGUGUAGCCUUCGUAAAAGUCUGCUAUGAGAACGGCAAGACGAUUGACGAUCUUGUCUGGUGGCGCGAAAACGACUUCGAAGACACGGCCUAA